CAAUUUUCUCGAGACCGUUGGUUGCCGGCUGCCGGUUUCAUAUAUAAACAUCGCAAUGCUGUGGGUACACACUCGUCCCCUUCCUCUGAAUGCAGCAAGGGAUUCCUCUGAAUGCAGAAAGGGAGGGACUACUUCAUCAAAGCCAUUCGUCGAAGCUUCAGCAGCACUCCCAGUCCCAUUUCUCAGAUGGAUCAAUCAACGCGUUAUCGUUAUGGUCCAGCUUUGAAAUGGAACCCUAUGGUUGAAGAAUACUUCGUCAAAGCAUAUGGAGCUGAUCGUUUUGCUCGUAUUUCUACUGCACUCACGUGCCCAUCAUGUUACUCUUGUAUACGGGUGAAUACGCUCAAAUCAACAAGUGAUACUGUUAUCGAGAAGCUUUUGGAAAUUUUCAAGGAAAGAGGAAUGUGCAAUGUCGCAGUUCAAGAAUGCAUUGGAAGUGCAGAAUCUCUUAAGGCAAUCAAAUGCAUCUCGAAGUGUCAAUAUCCUGGCUUGGAUUAUGUAGUUUUUAUUAAAGGUUCAGGACCGCAUGCUAUUCAUUAUGGGGACAACGAAGGCAAACCUCUCAAGGAGGUAAUUGUGAGCCGAAAGUGUGCAGAGGCAGUUCUUCGUGGUGCCCAAGUUUAUGUGCCUGGUGUUUUGGCAUGCAGUGCUCAUGUCGAAAGAGGUGAUGAAGUCGCAGUUUCAGUUGCUGUGGAACAGGCUGGUCCAGAUGGUGGAUGGGGUAUUGCAAUGACACGCGGGAGUGUUCUACAAGGAUCACAAGCAGAUCCUUAUUAUUUUGAAAGAGAUGGCUUCUACAUUGGCCAAGCAACAGCAAUGAUGUCAAGAGCUGAGAUGUUUCGUGUAUCUGAAGGAGUUGCAGUGGAUAUGAAGGAAAGAGUAUUUAGACUACCCUCCUUUUAUGAUUUGCUCGAGGGUGAGAUUUUUCUUCAGAACCUGCCAAGCAUAAUAACUGCACAUGCCUUAGGGGAAUGGCAAACAAUUAAUUUGGUUGAUCAUUACGCUUUAAGAUCAAAUGAUGUAAUUGAUCCUCAACCAGGAGAAAGAAUAUUGGACAUGUGUGCAGCUCCAGGGGGGAAAACCACAGCAAUAGCAAGCCUUAUGAAGGACAAAGGGGAGGUUGUUGCUGUUGAUAGAUCUCAUAAUAAGGUGCUUGGUAUUCAGAAAUUGGCGGCUGAGAUGGGUUUAAGCUGUAUAUCUACAUAUAAGCUUGAUGCACUGAAGUCUGUUUGCCGUGGAGCUGAAUUUGAUAGUUUGCCAAACACAUGCAGUGUUGAGAAUGUUCAAACCACGCGAGCAACAGAUGUAUUAUCCACUGGUAUAGAUGGAUGUGAUGCACAGUUGCUGUCCCAAACGAAUUUCAUUGAUUUGCAGCUGAAGGAUGGUCAGUACACUAGUAAAGCUGAACUACGGAAACGUAUUAGGCAACUAAAAAAUGGGCCAGGAAGGAAUCACACUGCAGGUGGGAGGGUUGAAAAGUCUAAAGGGUUUUCUCCCAAUAGCUUUGAUCGUGUGCUGCUUGAUGCUCCUUGCUCUGCAUUAGGUUUAAGACCUCGUCUCUUUGCGGGAGAGGAGACAAUUGAUUCCUUGAGGAGGCAUGCCAAGUAUCAGAGACGAAUGUUUGACCAAGCUGUUCAGCUUGUUCGCCCAGGUGGAGUCCUUGUCUAUUCCACAUGUACGAUAAACCCUGGUGAGAAUGAAUCUUUGGUUCGAUAUGCAUUGGACACAUAUGAGUUUCUCUCGUUGGCAUCUCAGUAUCCAAAAGUUGGAGGACCCGGCCUUACUGGUAGUUGUCAAUUGCCCGAUGGAUUUGUUGAGGAAUGGUUAAAGCCCGGUGAAGAAAAUUUUGUUCAGAGAUUUGAUCCGUCAUCCGACCUGGAUACAAUAGGAUUUUUCAUAGCAAAGUUUAGCGUCGGACUCAAAAACUGAAUUGAAUGUGACAACUAUUGGGACAGGUGAUUUGGCAAUGAAACUACAUGAACUUCGAUGAUGCAAAGUUGCUCUCUUGGUGUACCUUAUUGACAAUCACAUGUGGAAUAUGGGUUACAGAAUCAGUUUAUGUAACUGUGAAUGCCAGAUUCUAGGUAGAUACUACUACUAGUCCUACAGUCCAGGCAACCUCUCCAAUGGUUAAAGAUUGCUCAGUGGUCAUGAAAAACUUGGUUUAUGACUCUCAUGCGGUUGGUUAAUGUACAUGCCAAUUUAUGGGACCUCCCAUCUAUCCAUUUAUUUUUUAACGCGCCACUGAUUGCAGUGGAAAGCUCUUGAUCGUACUUCCAACUUUCUGAGCAAGAUGCUAGCUUCAUUGGAGACUCGCUAAUUUUUGCUACUUCGUCUUUAAAGAUUAAGACCUUGUAUUAAGUCUUUAAAGAUUAAGACCUUGUAUUAAGAGUUUGUUUGGAUGUCC